AUGAAGACUUUGGUGAAUGAGCACGCGCGGCACCAGAUUCGGAACUACUUCGCCACGGAGCUCGGCAGGCUGGGUCGCCCCAUGAACGGCCACGUGCAGAAUGUGCAGAGCAUGGCCCAGCACCUCGAGGAGGAGGCGUAUAAGAACACCUCCAACCAGCAAGAGUAUUUGACCUAUGUGAAGAAUAGAAUGAGGACGUUGGGGAAUGCAUCGUCCAGCGGCAGUGGCUACCAUGCUGGUGGCGGGCCCCAACCCCCUCAUGGUGCUGGCAUUCAUUCAGGCCAAGUUGGGCCCGUGCCAAUUCCUCCAGCCGGCCCCACGCCUGGCUCCACCACUGGCACCCCUUACAUGGGAGGGUAUUACCAAGGACAGGCAAUGCACACGCAGCAGCCCAUGCAGCAGCAGCAGCACCACAAGCAUCCGCCACACUCAAUCCAUCACAAUCAAGUCCCUCAGCCACACAUGCAGCCAAUCCAACAUCAUCCGAUGCAGCAACAACUGCCAUACCCGCCGCCACCACAGCAGCAGCAGCCUCAGCAGCAGCAACAACAGCGGCAGCAGUAUACGCACAAUGGCCAGCAGGAGAUGGCACUGCACCGUCCGCCGAUGAAUUCCCAUGGAACAUCGAACUAUUCAAAUGGCCAUGGUCCAGCCGUGCCACAGGUCUCAUCUGGUCAACAGUAUGUGCCUGCAAAUCAGAUGGGCAUGCCUUAUUCGCCGAUGCAGUACACUACAGCAACCAAUGCUGUGUCCCAGAAUGGUGCUGUGUCUGGCACCCCUGUUAUGGUGCCCAAGCAAGCUCCAGGAGGGUUGGAAUCUGCGAUGGGGGAGUCCCAAGCAAUUCUCAAUGCUAAGUUCGACAAGAAGGCUGAGAUGCUGUUCAGACAGUAUUACGAUGAUUUCAGGACAUACCUUGCGCUUGCCAAGACCAAGCGCAGCAGGUCUGGGGAGCCUCUGAGUGAGAGCAAGGCCAUGCAGCAGAUGCACCAGAUAGCACAAGCAGUGGAAACCAUGAUGCAGGUCAUGUCAAUCAGAAGUGGUGGGAAGACGACCAUAACUCCUGAGAUGUGCAGAAAACUGGAGCAGGUGGAGGAGAAGAUCCCGGUUUAUGCUGUGAGGGUUCAGGAAAUCACGCAACACCUGCGACGCAAGAGCCAACAAAGGAAGCAACUGGAGGGAAGACAAGUGGCAUCGACCGGCGUACGUGUGACGACACCCCCAACAACCCAGCCUGUGGCUUCUCCAAUGGGCAGUCAGCAUCCAUUUCCCCCUGCCAGUGGUGCAGAUCAUGGUGCCCAAGGCAUCCCCAAUGGCGCCUCGACACAGGUGCAGACAGCAUCAAAGCCAUUCCAGAUUACAUCACCACCGGUUGUGAGCGAGCGAACGACACAACAGGCUGGGCCCAACAAAGCCUUGGUUGGAACACCUACACAAGUCGUGAACAAUCUAACCAGCUUAUCUUCUGCAAAGGAGGACGAUGAGGUGGAGAUCAUCCCAGCGCCCCCAGGAGCAGAUGUGUUGCCACGCAUCGAAUCAAUGUCUGACAGUGGCGACAAACCAGGCGAUGGAAGGUUGCAGGAACGUGACCCCAUCGAAGCUCUCAUCACAUUGCUGCAUGCAGCAUCCCCUGCCGACUUUGCACGUGCCUUCCGUGGUAUGUGCCCCAGGCGCCAUGCUGACAUGCGCCCACCACCCCCGCCUGUGCUGGAUGCAGAUGGGGGGGAGGCAGGCCCAUACGAUUCCACACCAAGUGAAGGCCGCAGGCCUCCGACCUGGCGGAGUCGAGCAACAGAAGUGUUUUCUGUGGAGGGCCACCCAUCGAUUCUGACUGAGGGUGUAAAGGAAGGCGCACAGAAUUCGACAGUGGCAUUGGAAAUUGGGACAGGGUCCAAACUGGGCAAAAGGAAACGGCCCAGACAGGACUUGGAAGACGAGUGUGAGAAGCUGAGGACCGAAUUCCGUGGCAGCCUGCGGAUUCAGUUGGACAGAGAUAGUGCAAUGGAGGAUGACGUGAAUGCUGUCAUUGUUGACGCCUGUGAAACACAAGGCCAAGGAGGGAAGCUUGGUCCUUUGGUUGGGCUGCGGGGGCGGUGGAAGCGCCUGCGCCUGGCGGUGGGCUGCAAUUACCCUCGCAGUGCCCCAAGAGCUGUUUUCAAGUCCACUGAUGAGGGCUAUUCGUGGCCAGAAGCACAGGCGGCGCGAAUACGAUUUGAGGGUGCGCUGGCACGGACCCAGAGGCCUGUCACAGUCACAAAACUCGUCCGUCUGUGGCACGACUGCUGCAGCAACGUGGCGGCAGUGUUCUCCACCAAUGUGCGUUGA